AUGGCUGGAUUAGAUUACCUUCUUUUUGAAGAGGCUACUGGUUAUGGCGUAUUCAAAGUUCUUAUCCAACAAGAUGACAUAGCUUCGAGAUCCAAAGAAGUGCAAGAAGCUGCCAAUGACUUAUCCAAAUUUUCCAAGAUGAUUGAAUUAGUCUCAUUUGCACCAUUCAAAGGAGCUGCGCAAGCUUUAGAAAAUGCUAAUGACAUUUCAGAAGGGUUAGUUUCUCCUUAUUUAAAAGAAGUAUUGGAGCAUAACUUGCCAAAGACAACUAAAAAAGUUAAGCUUGGGGUAUCGGAUAAGAAUUUGGGUCCUUCCAUCAAGGAAAUUUUUCCCAAUGUUGAUGUUUUGCCUAGUGAAAUAGUUCAAGAUUUCCUUAGAGGUAUUAGGGUAUUUGGACCUAAAUUAUUUAAAGAUUUACAAGAUGGGGAUAUUGAAAGGGCACAAUUAGGUUUAGGACAUGCUUUUUCAAGAGCAAAAGUCAAGUUUUCAGUACAAAAGAAUGAUAAUCAUAUUAUUCAAGCUAUUGCACUUUUGGAUCAAUUGGACAAAGACAUAAAUACAUUCUCAAUGAGGGUGAAGGAGUGGUAUGGUUGGCAUUUUCCAGAAUUGGCCAAGAUUGUUCCUGACAAUUACCAAUUUGCUAAAUUAGUGCUAUAUAUUAAAGACAAAUCGAAUCUCACUGAGGAAGACUUGCAUGGAGUUGCAGCUAUCCUCAACGACGAUUCGGGGUUAGCACAAAGGGUUAUUGACAAUGCCAAAAUUUCUAUGGGCCAAGAUGUCAGUGAGCAAGAUAUGCAAAAUGUGCUUACAUUUGCUCAAAGGGUGGUUAAUUUGACUGAAUACAGACAACGAUUGUUCAAAUACCUCACUGACAAGAUGCACACGGUUGCACCUAACUUAUCAACAUUAAUUGGUGAAGUUGUUGGGGCCCGGUUAAUCUCACAUGCAGGUUCGUUGACAAAUUUAUCAAAACAAGCCGCAUCAACAGUACAAAUCUUGGGUGCUGAAAAGGCCUUGUUUAGAGCUUUGAAAACAAAAGGUAAUACUCCGAAAUAUGGAUUGAUUUACCACUCGUCCUUCAUCGGCAGAGCAAACGCUAAAAACAAAGGUAGAAUUUCAAGGUAUUUGGCUAAUAAAUGUUCUAUUGCCUCAAGAAUAGAUAACUACAGUGAUGAGCCAACUACUGCUUUUGGAGAAAUAUUAAAGAAACAAGUUGAGGACCGUUUAAAGUUUUACGAUACAGGAGCACCACCAAUGAAAAAUUCAGAUGCUAUCAAAGCCGCAAUAGCUUUAAAUGCUAGGGACUUGGUAGGCAACGAUGUAGUUAUGGAAGACGCUGAAGUAGAGGAACCAGGUAAAGAAAAGAAAGAGAAGAAGGAGAAGAAGGAAAAGAAGGAAAAGAAGGAGAAGAAGGAGAAGAAGGAAAAGAAGGAAAAGAAGGAAAAGAAAGAUAAAAAAGAAAAGAAGGAAAAGAAAAGAAAAUCUGAGGAUUCUGAAGAGACUCCAAAGAAGAAGAAGAAGAAGUCCAAGGAUUAG